UGCACCAACUAGUGAGUGUCAUCAUUCUGUUGUGUGAGUGUGAUCUAGUCACUCUCAUUUGUUCACUCACUUUUUACAGACGAUGCAAGCUCCUGUUGAACCACCAUCUUGUGCGCUACCAUUCUCCGCUGAAGCUGAUGGACGCCAUUACUAUUGGAGGGGGCUUUGUCAUAGACUGGGAUCUAACAUCAUUGCUGUGUAUGACUCAAGAACUGAGCAGUGGAGCCUCUUGCCCACCACUGGACCUCCACCCCCUGGAGAGUGGGGUGGUUGCUCUGUUUGUGUAGGUCGUUGCCUCUACGCAUUUUGUAGUCAUGGGCAUGAUUACGUCAAUGACAUGUACAAGCUUGAUCUGGACACUCUCCAGUGGACCGAAGUUGAAACCACUGGUGAUCAACCUGUUAAAAAGUCUUACUGUGGACUUGUCAGCGUGGAUGAGAGAACUCUGUGCUGCUUUGGAGGACUCGGUAUUGGUCCCACACAACCAGGAUCAACAUUCACCAGGAACACACGAUACACUGAUGGACGUGGAUGGACAAAUGAGUUCCAUCUCUUUGAUGUAAAAAAUGGUGUCUGGUCGUCCCCUGAACUCAAAGGAGAGAGACCUCCUCCCUGUACUGGCUUUUCAUUCACCAAGUUGGACCAGCACAGGGCAGUCCUCUUUGGAGGGACACAACCAAACCAUAGGGUUAAUGAUGUCUACGUUUUCGACUUCAGGAAAAUGGAGGUGACUAAGGUGAAGCCAGUACAGGGAGAGCCAUGGCCAGUGGAGAGGGCAUUCCAUGCUGCCUGCUGUCUCAACUAUAGCGAAGACCACCCUCAACUACUGGUGUAUGGAGGACUGGAUAAUUACAACAAGACACUGGGGGGCAUGUGGAUACUUGAUGUUGACACUGGCAAGUGGGCAGAAGUGUCACAUCCUGAGUCUUCUGUGAAACCACGUUGUCACCACUCCACCACAGCCACCAGUCUCGGACCAGGGGUCACUGAGGUCCUCGUGUUUGGAGGCCGUCGGGAGAGGGGGGGAGAUAACAUUGCAGAGACAACCAUACUGAGAUUCGAGUUAACUGGACCAUCAACGUCUGGUGCUGAACCCACAGCUGGGAAGUGGGCUAUUGUUGAUGUGGCCCACAACAACACUAGAGGCUCCAGCCAGCGACUGAGAGAAAAGAGGAUAGAGAUCGGACAAAAAACUGCUCGUGCCUCAUCAGUCAGUGUGACCAGCGACCACUCCUCUCAAGACCAGGUGAGGGCUCUGGAACAACAGCUACGAGCAGCAGAGCAGAGAGAACAGGACACUCAACGUUGCUGUGAACAAUUGUUACAAAAUAAGGAUCGAGAAUUGGCUACUCAAGGUCAAGAAUUAGCUACAAAAAAACGAAACUUAACCGAGGCCAACCAUCACUGUGUAGACACUGAGAGACAACUCAGAGAAGCUCAACAAACAGUCCAAGAUGGCAACAGAAGAGAAGCUGACCUAUGUGCUCAAAUCAUAGCUCUCAGGAGUGAGUUAGAAGGCAAGACGAAAGAGUUGGCAGCACACAACACAGAGGUGUGGAGGAUACCGGCCAACAGAGUGAUCAUUGGCAGGAGAAUUGGCAAAGGAGGGUGGGGGGAGGUGCUGGAGGGAACAGUCAGGGUGGCCAUCAAGCAACUACACAAAGAAAUUGCUGUCCCAAUCCACAUCGAAAAAAUGGAGAGAGAAAUGAAGCUAUUGGCUGAAGUACGACAUCCAAACCUUGUGCAAUUCAUUGGAGCUAUUUUUGAUGAGCAAAAUCAAGCCAAUCAAUCCCCUCCUCUCAUCAUUACAGAGCUUCUUGACAUAAAUCUUAGACAAGCAUACGAGACGAAUCAACUGGUACCAUUAAACCGCCUCUCAAUCUUCAUUGACAUUGCCCUAGCUCUGGACUACCUGCACCAGCGCUACGAUCCCAUCAUCCACCGUGAUGUGAGUGCUCCCAACGUCCUCCUCCAGCGAAUGCCCAAUCACCAGUGGAAGGGGAAGGUCUCUGACCUCGGCUCAGCCAACUUCCUGCAACAUGCUCAGACGAUGGGAGAGGGGGCUAUAGUCUACUCCCCUCCUGAAGUUAUCCCUCAAGCCUUUGAUCUUCUCACUCCCCCUCUGAGACAGUCUGUCAAGAUCGAUGUGUACAGCUAUGGCAUUGUCCUCUGUGAGGUGACCGCUAGUCGAUUCCCAAGUGCUGAACAUUAUCGAGACAUGAUGCACCAAAUACAGAGAGAGCGUCCUGCACUGUAUGACCUGAUUGUCCGCUGCACUAAGAGAGAGCCCAGUGAUCGACCCAGUAUGUCCGAGGUGCUCGUGGAACUGAACAAAAUAGUACCCUUUUAAUAGACUAUACCAACAGGCCAGGUCUUUUUUGUCCAUGCCAUUCUACACGGUGCAUUGUGCAUGCAUGCAUGUGUUGUACUAUGCGUUUAUAACAUCUAUAGUGGGCAGGCUGAUUUGUAUAAAUAAAAUAUCCAAUUUUUUGGUGUUCACUGUGUACCCUUUUCUCAUCA